UGGACCCACGAAAAGUUGAAAUGUCAUAUUGCGACAAACGUCCGAAUUGAUAUGAACAUGGCAAAUAGAGGUAAGUUAAUGGUGCUUGUGCUUAUCCUUAGACAUGUGCUUCUGAGACGCCACUUCUCUUAUACACGGUCAUAAUUCUUUUUCUCUUACUUUACCAAAUUCAUAUCUAUUGCCGUCACUGUUGCAACUGUAAACUUCGAAAAACAUAGCAACUUGGCAAAGCUUCAUUUCCAUGGAUAUUUCCAGUUUACAGGAUUGGUAUCUUGAUUCUUGUAGGAGGCACGAGGUUCUUCCGAACUCCACAGUGCUAUCAUGGUUUUCCAAGGUCAAGGUUCAAAAGUCUUGUCAAGAGAAGUGUAAUAUUGUGGUUUCACUAAACCAGUUGACAGAUGAUGAUAUUCCACCAUUGAUUGAUGUUUUUCUAGCAAUCGACUCUUCUGAUAUUGAUGCGGUUGAUAUCCUCCAUCAUGAAUCAACUUCUGUCUUGAAUGAAGAAUCCAUACUAUCUUUGAUGAAUGCCAUCAAACUAAAGCUGCAAGUAAUUGAUCUUAGUAACUCAUCUCUAAAGAAGGACUUUCUCUGGGAUCUCUUCCAUGUUGGCUUGCCUUGCCAUGUUUUAAAAUUGAGGACAACCCAUAUCCAAAAACUCAACAUGGUUGGAAGGUUUAUGCAAUUGCACACCCUAAAUUUGGAUUUUUGCACUUCACUCACUACUUUGCAAAAGGACUGCUUUUCUUGCAUGCCAAAUUUGAUGUGUCUAUCAAUGUGUGAGACAAGAGUUGCUAAUCUCUGGACGACAACAGCAGUUCUAGCAAAACUUCCUUCUUUGUUAGAAUUACGGUUCCAAAACUGUUUGUGUUGCAAGGAUACUGGGCCAUGCCAUUUGUCAUCUAGUGAGAAAGAAAAGCUUGAGAACAAGAAGCCUCUUUCAAAUAUGGUAAAUAUCUUUUCAUACAGUGAGGAACUCUCUGUUAUUGGUGGGUGUGAUACGUUGCAAACUUCUACUGAUGAGACAAUAGGCUUCGUUUCCCUCCAGGAAUCGUUAAUGGUACCUGAAGUUCAGAAGGCAACUGAUGAUUCAUCAGAAGUUGAUGAAGUCAAACUUCCAGGUGACCUUCAAAACCCAUUGGAAACAUCAUCCAGCCUGCUUCCUAAUUUGUGUACAGGGUCGAAACUGCAAAAUAAGAUUCAAGACAAUGACAAGCGUCCUUCUUUAGACGCACAGAAGAAGGCUUCGAUGAAUGCUUCUGGUACAUUGAAUAAAGAUAUUUGGCAUCAUCCUUCACCUAUAUGCUUUGAGAGACAUUAUAGGGAGUACAUGGUUGCUUCCUUGCCUCAUUUAGAAGUAUUAGAUAAUCUGCCUAUCACAAAGAUGGAGAGGGAAACUUCGAAGACUAUCUUUUCAGAAUACUAUGAGUACUUGCCAUAUAAACAAAAUCACAAAAAAAGUGUUGUUAACAUUUUGCAGAAGCGCGAAAUGGGAACAAGUGGUAUUUACUGCAGAAACUCUUCAAAGAUAAAGCAGACAUAUUGUUAUGGAAAGAGUCAAUGCUUCUUCUCGAGGUCUCUUACUGCUGCUAAAUUUGGGUCUUCAAUGUGGCCCUUCUUACAUCCAGUGUCCAGCUUUAGCCAUAAAUCUAAAGAAGAAAAUAAGAGGGUUCGUCCAAGGCAAUUUGAGUACCAUCCUUCCAGCGCCAGCCUUAUGGCUUUUGGAACUUUAGAUGGUGAGAUAGUUGUUAUCAAUCAUGAGACAGGGAAUAUUGUCGGCUAUAAUUCAUCUAUAGGAAUGAUGAAUAGUGUUAUGGGACUCUGUUGGCUCAAGAAAUAUCCAUCCAAGCUUGUUGCUGGAUCUGACAAUGGUUGCUUGAAGUUGUUUGAUGUUAAUCAUAUGCCGGCCAAAUUAGAAGACACCUGUUGUGGUUCAGAUGCAAUUAAUUAUGAAGAUUUUGAACAAUUAACUUCUAUUCAUGUGAACUCAACAGAUGACCAAUUCCUUGCCAGUGGUUACUCAAAAGGCGUUGCUUUAUAUGACAUUAGCACUGGAAGACGUUUGCAAGUGUUCACUAAUAUGCAUCAAGAACCUAUUAAUGUUGCUAAGUUUGCUCAUCACAGUCCAUUUAUGUUUGCUACAUCCUCAUUUGACAAAGAUGUCAAGAUGUGGGAUUUGAGGGAGAGACCAGAGAGGCCUUGCUAUACUGCUUCAAGCUCUAGAGGAAAUGUUAUGGUUUGCUUUUCUCCUGAUGAUCUCUAUGUCCUCGUGUCAGCCAUUGAUAAUGAGGUUAAGCAACUUUUGGCAGUAGAUGGGAGGCUCCAUAUGAAUUUCAACAUAGCUUCAACGGGAAGUGCUCAUAACUAUACUCGCUCCUAUUAUAUGAAUGGAAGGGACUAUAUUAUCAGUGGCAGUUGUGAUGAACAUGUUGUUCGCAUAUGCUGUGCUCAAGAUGGAAGACGACUUAGGGACGUCUAUAUUGAGGGUAUGGAGUCAGGAAACUCUGUUUUUGUGCAGUCCCUAAGGGGUGAUCCUUUCAGGCAUUUUAACUUCAGUGUCUUGACAUCCUCUAUGCGGCCAGUGCCAAAGCAGGAGAUCAUUAAGGUCAAUUUGCUUGCCUCUAGUCACUGUGAUGAUGAAUCUUCUCACGAUCAAGAUAUUCAUCCUUCCUGUGGUCUUGGAGGCUGAUCUUUUGAUCUGCAUUAAGUUGUCCAUGUAUAUGAUUAUCAGUCCACAACCUAAAGAAAAUGAACAUUAUCAUGUAAUAUAAUCUAAACUUGUCUAUGCAGAAAGUUUUGACCCUUUGUAUUUUAAAUCUAUGAUUUAUAGCAAGUACUGUCUGAAUAUUCAUCACUGUAUAGUUUUAUCCGACUUCCGAGUUCCAAGUCCAAUUGAAAAGCAAUCAACACAAACCGUUAUUCAAAGCACAUCUGAUUUGCCACAUUGAAGUUAAACUUUGGCUUCGUGGAGAAAACUGAAGUUCAAACCCCACCCUGUAUAUAUCCUCAUCACUUGAGAACUAAACUCUAGUACUGGUUAAAACUCUGAGUUUUUAACAUUAAUCUAGCUUCAUUUCAAAAUUUUCGUAUUGUAUAUGCUAGCUGUGCCCGAAGAUAAACGUGGGACUGGUUGGAAAUUGGAAUUGGACACUCAGAGCAGACUGAUCGAAGGUAUGAUAAUAAUGUGAAGGGUAAUAUAGCAUCUCCUUAACGAGCAAACAAUGAUGCUUGGAGAUAUAUUAAUCAAGGUGGUUUUCAUUAAUUAUUACUGAGAUUCUGACAUCCAGCUGGUUAGAUGGUAGAUAUUCAUUUGAGGUCAUAACCUGGAAUAACUCUCCAUGGUUUUAUAUCCUCUCCCGAGUUAAAGUCAUACACUUGUUGACGACGGCUUUCAUCAUUGGGCACUGAGGUGAUAAACCAUUGGCCAACCUAACUUUCUGUUUCUUCUUUAUCACGUGUCAAACUCCAACAUUAAUCAGAGGAAACGAGGAAAACGUACUAAGUUAGACAGGAUUCGAGACAGCCUGUUGUUUUCCACUAUGAUAAUUACUUUAUUUUUUUUUAGGUCUUUCAUAUGUCUCUGUAGGUUUCAUUUUAUUCAUUUUAAAGGAUUUUUUCAGAAAUUUCCUGCAAAGUGGGCCAAUUGAUCGAAUCGAACAGCCUGGACUCCUCGAAGAACAUAUUACUCUUGAUGGGAUAUUAAUUGACUUGGCCGAGAAACUCUUUGAGUGGGUUUAAUGCAUGGUUGGGAAACAAUCGAUGUACGCUAAAUUACUCAUGGUUACAAUUGUCUGUUAAUGAAACCCAACAAAUAAUAAUUCAACGCAUAUUAAUUCUUAUGUCAA